UCGGCGGGUUCUCCCAGGAAGAGAGAGCCGGUCGGUGUGGCAGCCAUGUCCGAGGCUCAUGGAGGGGAGCAGGCAGGCUGGCUCUGCGGGUUCUCCGUGCUCUGCUGCCUGACGCUAGCCUGCUCCUACGUGGGUAGUUUGUACGUGUGGAAGAGCGAGCUCCCCAGGGACCACCCAACUGUGAUCAAGAGGCGAUUCACCAGUGUACUGAUUGUGUCCUCCUUGUCUCCUCUAUUUAUUUGUGUUUGGAAACAACUGACCGGCAUCAAGACUGAUGCAUCUCUACUCUAUCUCAUGGGUUUCCGCUUUGAGGGAAUCAUCUCUGCAACAAUACUACCUCUGCUCCUAACAAUGAUAUUAUUUCUUGGCCCUCUAGUCCAAUUAUCUUUGGACUGCCCGUGGGACUUUCUUGAUGGUCUAAAAGUGGCUUUGGAUCCCCGUUUCUGGUUGCUCUGUGUGACUGACAUGCGUUGGCUUCGCAACCAGGUAAUCGCUCCUCUCACUGAGGAGUUGGUGUUUAGAGCCUGCAUGCUGCCGAUGCUAGUUCCAUGUACUGGUCCGGGGACCGCCAUUUUUACCUGUCCCUUGUUCUUUGGCGUUGCUCAUUUCCAUCAUGUCAUUGAACAGCUGAGGUUUCGCCAGGCAACAGUUAUCAGCAUCUUCCUUUCAGCUGCUUUCCAGUUUUCAUACACUGCAGUGUUUGGCGCAUAUACAGCUUUUAUCUUUAUAAGAACAGGACACCUCGUAGGCCCGGUCCUUUGCCAUUCGUUUUGCAACUACAUUGGCUUUCCUGCCAUUUUCACAGCACUGGACCAUCCCCACAGAGCAAUCGUUCUUCUUUUUUAUAUUCUUGGCGUUACGCUUUUCUUUCUGCUGCUCUACCCCAUGACUGAUCCCACAUUGUAUGGGGACAUACCAAUCUGUCAUUUAUUGGAGAAAGGAUCCACAGGCUAUGGCUCCCUAUGUUCUUGAUUGCACCGGGAACCCAAAUUCCAUGUAUUUACAAAGAAAACAGCGAGUUGAACCAUCUGGUCGCCCGGGCUUCAUUACUGUAACCAAUCCUAUACGGAAUAUUUUUCGAUCCAAUGGAAGUACAGUCUUACUUUAUAUCACAUGAGUGUCAUGACCUGAUGAAGAUGAGUGCUCUGAGAAAGCCAACAUUCUUUUUGUGGGUAGCAUGGAUUUUUUUUCCUCUUUGGACGGUCUGCUAGUAACGGAGGAAGAAUAUAUAUUCCGGGUACUGAGAAUAUUGGAUGUUCUCAAAUCCAACACUAAUCCGGAGGUUUUCCUCACAGCCAUUUCUUGUAUAUUUUUGGAAGAAAUUUUAUUCCAUAGUCUAUUUUUGUAUACACAGUGUUAACCAGAAAUAUUUUUAGAUUUGUUGGGGACAGUAAGUAUUUUCUUGCAGCACAAAUGAGUCCCCCCAAUUAUCUUCACCCAAGACCUUUGCAACACUCUUUAGGACUCUGCGUAGAAAACAGUUGCUUCAGGGAAGCUGAAAACUGAUUACUGUAUGCAAAUCGGCCAAGCACCGGUGCUGUAAGAGUUAGAUUUUUUUUUUUUGAUAAAAAUAAAAAAUGGGUAAAUAUUUUUUGGUAACACAUUACACAAAAAUUCCUUGUAAUAUAUAAUACACAAAACGUGUAUUGAGAAUUAAAGAUUUCUUUCAUUUUUAAG